CCACACUACACUAGUGCUGUCCGGAAUUCCCGAACCCCUCCCUAUUCACCGGCAAUAGCGCAACGGGAGGAUGGCAUAGCAGCGUGGGAACGAAAGUAGGCUGGAUCUGAUAUAUAAAAAAGGUUCAGGUUGGGCAACUGCUGUAGUCGUUGAAGCAUCUCCCUCACCUUUUGAGCAUCUUAACAGAUUCCGGUUAUUGAUCAUGCCCGAUCUGCAUUCACUCCCAGAAGGCUGGUGGCCUAAAAACGCUAUCCGAAACAAUGGCCCUGACCAUCUGGUGAUUGAGAGAAUGAAGCUGCGGGAGCUCGCUGAGGGGUGGCCCUGCUACCGAGAUACCUGCGAAUGGGAAAACUUCGCCUCGAUCUUCCACCCGGGCGCCUUCCUGUACACCACAUGGUCAGGCAAGGUGCUGUUCACCGAGUUCUUCGAGAUCUCCAAGGCUGGGAUGGACCAAGGUGCCUUCAUUAUGCACAGGUGCCAUGGGACGACCACAGACAUCACCCCAGACGGCCAACGGGCGGUGACCAAGGUGAAAGCCACGAUUACACAGCGGUUUGUGAUAGGCGGAGCCGAGGUCGACGUGGAGUGCGACUGCCGCUUCUGUUUCUUCUUUGAAAAGGUGGAUGGCCGUUGGGGCGCUCAAUUCGUCCGGCACUGGUAUGAGAAGGACAAGAUGAUCCCGGUAAACCCGGCCAAGGUGCCCAAGAUUGACGAGGAAAAGUUGGCGACGUACCCCGAGGGAUACAGGUUCCUUGCUUACUGCCAGGAGGAAACCAUGGCUGUUUCUGUCAUCAAGGACAUGCCAGGUCACAACCGCCACAAGGGGACCCCGUCAGGCGAGAAGCACGACCUCCUGUACAUGCAGGCGAAGGCAUGGCUAGAUGGUGAAGCACUUGAUAUUUAGAUAUGUUGGCAUUAGACUAUGGAAAAGACACACAGUGUUCACGUAA